GUGUGUAUGUUGGUGGGGUGUCUGAAAACUUCUCUUCAUUUUUUCUCCUUUACCGGUCAGCCCCUUCUUUUUCAUCUCUCAUCCAGCUGUGGGGGAGGACUGCGCUGCAGAGAGAGAAAAAGAGCAGGAGAGGAGAGGAGAGGAGAGGAGAGAAGAGGAGAGGAGAGGAGAGAGGAGGGCUUGAAAAGUCUUCAGAAGUCUGAGGAGUAUUUUACCACAUCUCUCUCAUUGUCUGACUCAACUUUUCCCUCCAUCUAAGCGGCCAGGGAAUUACCCCUCUAAGUUCACCAUAAGGACACCAUGCACUUCUCCACUAUCCUGUGCUGGGUCAGUUUGACCAUUGCGCUGCACUGCUGUGCUCAGACAGCAGCCGCCCCCCUGGCCUUCAACAUCUCCAUGGAAGGCAGCGGGGAGGCGGACGAGCUGGAGAUGAUCCCUACGUCGGCCCGUGGAUCCCUUGGCCCGUCUCUGGCCUCCCCCACGGCCGGCACGCUGGACAAGACCCAGGUGGAGUCCUUUCACAUAGGCCAUGUGGUGGACUUCCUGCGGGAGAACCUCUUCCUCAUUCUGGUUAUCUUAUCGCUGCUGGUCUUGGUCAUCGUCAUGGUCAGCUGCGCAUCCGUCCUCAGCCGCAAGCACAAGGUGAGCGCCUACUACCCCUGCUCUUACCCCAGCAAGAUGUACGUGGACCAGAAGGACAAGUCCGGUGGUGCCAAAGUCUUCAGCGAAGUCCCCGAGAAGACAUCCGCCAGCCAGCAGGGAGAACCAGCGAGGGACUCGGCCAGGCGGCUGCAGGAAGACAUCUUGAUGAUCACCAAGAACCUCCGCACCCCCACCAAAGGUGUCCGAGUGGACAAGGAGUCCAGGCGGGUCACGCCAAAGCAAGACGACACUGACAAGAGCCCCAAAAACAAUGAAGCAAGCGAUGAGCCUAAGGAAGAUAAUGUCAAUCAGUCAUCGGCUCUUUCACCCGAAAACGACACAGGAAAAACUGAGGCCCCGGAGGAGGAAGGUCUGCUUAAAGAGGGUGACACCUCAUCUGGACCUCAAAGCUCUGAGGGCCCACAGGAAACAGCAGAGACACAGGAAAAAGAGACUCCAGCCGUAGCCUUCAUCCCUGGCGAGAAAACAGCAUUUUAAAGCAACCAAAACAGACAGUGUUUAUCUACAAGGAAGGCAGGCAGGCCUCCAUGGGCAGUGAGAAAACAUGGACUUUGUGUGAGGAUGUAAUCCUCCGACCCUUGAGAAAGAAAAUGUAAAUCCUUCUCGACAAGUGUGCUACAGUGUGGGCUAGCAAAGGUACAAAGCAACAACAAAGUGUAGCAGAGAAUAAGAAGGAUCAAGCCAAGCUGAUGGAAGUUAAAGUACACCACAGACUUUGACUUUGACAUACAGACUUUGACUUCAUAUAUUAAAGAAUGAAUAAAAUAACUGACAUCUCACAAAAUGUGAGGAAGAACUUAUUGUAUUUUACACUGUAUGCAACAGGUUAAAGUGGGGGGUGGGAGAGAGAGACAAGCUUUUUUAUUGUUGUCCGUUUGGCUUCUAAUGAAAAAAAACUGACAUACCAAAGUGCAUAGGGGCCAGGCCCGGGGUGAUAGGGCAGUUUGUGUAUAUGUGUGUCUCGUGUGUGUGUGUUUGUGUAUUGAGGAAAAGUUCACGUCUGUCUGCUGGUCUGACCGCUCAGAGCCUCUGACCUGUGAGGAUCCUGUCAUAUCAUAAAUCAGGUGCAUAGCACGGCACACAACCAGAGCACCUAAUUAGGUCAUGCACGAUUCCCCAUUCAAAACAGAAAUGAAAGCAGAUGUGAUGUGGGGAAACCAGGCCUAACUCAGGCUGAGUAAUCCCAGCUAUCCCCAUGCUAUGAAGGGUCCAGAAUAGUCAUCUGUUGCAUCUCAGCAUCGCUUACAGUGUCUCAUUAAAGGGGUUUACAAUUAGCUCCUGCUGAUGAAAUCUUAAAGGUUGUAUUGGUAACUUUAAUACCUUUAUUAGAGGCUGCUAAGUAGAAUAUUUUAUGGGUAGCCAACUGACCCGAAUAGAUUCUACUUAGAAGCUGAAAGGUGCAUUAGUCCUGGGUUCUACUUCUACAAAGAACACCUCAUAAGAAUAUUCUACCAAAAUAACCCUUUUUUCAGAAUAGAAUCAGAUUCAUUACGUGCUAAUAUUUGCCAUGCCUUCUUAUUUUGCUUUUGUUCACCUUCUAUUUCUUUCUAUUUAUGGCUGUUCAUAAGGUACUGCCAAUAUUACUAUUGUUUAUUUCCAACUGAUAAACGUUUUGGACAACAAUGAAAUUGCACCUUCCUCUAAAUAAAGAUUAAUAAGUAGGGGGUCAUGUCAAUGACAAAUAGAUUGCUAUCUCUGCGACAUGACAAUUAUUACUAUGUUUGAUGUGGAAUAGUAAAGUCAUUGUUUGUUAGCCAACUUUCAUUCCGGCACCCCCUCAGUGAGUCUUGGCCUAAUAAAAUGUGUAAUUUA